AUGGCGGCGGCGUCCAGGGAAGCCCGGAUGGCGGAGGUGGCCCGGCUGCUGGGCGAGCCGCUGGAGGAGGAGGCGCCCGAGGGCAGGCCCCGGUCCAGGGCGGGCGGCUUGGCGGCGAUGCCGUACCUGCGCCUCCGCCACCCCCUCAGCGUCUUGGGCAUCAAUUACCAGCAGUUCCUGCGCCACUACCUGGAGAACUAUCCGAUCGCCCCGGGCCGGAUCCAGGAGCUGGAGGAGCGCCGGCGGCGCUUCGUGGAGGCCUGCAGAGCCCGGGAGGCAGCCUUCGACAUAGAGUACCUGCGCAACCCUCAGAGGGUGGAUUUUGACAUUUUAACGUUUACCAUAGCCCUGACUGCGUCGGAGGUGAUCAAUCCUCUCAUAGAAGAACUGGGUUGCGAUAAGUUCAUCCAUAGAGAGUGAGGAGGCAGGCGAGGGUGGGCACGGCAUCAAGAAGACCUCGGCAUCCAAGACAAACCCCAUCCUGCAACUUGGUUUUCGGAAGUCAAAAGGAACUUGAGAAUAAGUCAGUGUGCAUCGUUGGAGGGAGGAAAAAAAGCGUCAGAAAUUUGGGGAGGAAAUGUCCAAAGCAUCCUUAGACUCCUGUGACGUUUCUUGAGUUUAUGAUUGGUUGAGAGUUCUUGUGUUAUGGAAAACAUCCAUCCAUGUGGCUUCGUUAGUAAGCAAAGGAUGGUUUUGUAAAAUUUUGAGACUUAAAGAAAAUUGCCAGUAAAAGAGCCCACGAGGAAGAAAGAUCAGCGUGAAAGUUUAAACUGGUUUCAGGACCAAGUUUAUGUCAAGUACUUGACCUUUGUGGAGCACGCCUUCUCUCAUGUCCGAGUCAGUGAAACUGUAGAGUUAAGACUGAUUUUGUGUUUCUGAGACAUUGGAAAUAGCAAGCAACAUAAAUAUUGUAUAUAGUAUGUGAUAAAUAGUGUUUUCAAACAUAUCAAAUUUCUGGAAUUUUGAUUCCAUUUUCCAAAAGUUUUUCUUUUUCUUGAUUUUUUUUGUAAGUCAUCUAUUCAUAAGCCCCAAGAAUAUGACCCCUUCUUGUCCCCACACCUAAUGCUGCCCCCAGAGUCAGUUUCCUUCCUACUUUUAUUAUGUAUACACAAUAUAUAUUUAUUUUUUUUAUUUUGUCACAAAGUUGAUGUAUUUUGGUUUACAUGUUGUGAUUUUAUUAAGGAAAUAUCUUGAAGAACCUUCCCAGCCAGUAUAUUUAUUCCUUAAAGCUGUGUUUGCAUUCUGUGGGUAUGCUGUGAUGAACCAGAAGUUUGCUGGUGGACACUUGGGCCGUUUCCCAUCCUUUUCCCCUGGCAGUGUGAAAGCCCCUCUCCUGUGUUUAUCACCGGCGCUGCUUUAGUUCUGAACUCAUUUCUCAUGUUUACUGUCUCAAGUUGGAAGACGUCUUAUACUUGAUGGUGAUAUAGACCACUUUUUUCUUCUUUUCCCUUUAAGUUUCCAUAAAAUUGAUGGUACAUCUCA